CGGCAGCGCGGGCGGCGGCGACCUGGAGACCCCCGAGGGAUGGAAGCGCCGGCGCCGGCGGAGGCGGCGGGAUGCGAGGAGCUCGAUAUGGACGUGAUGAGACCCUUAAUAAACGAGCAGAAUUUCGAUGGAUCGUCCGACGAGGAGCAGGAACAGACGCUCCUGCCUAUGCAGAAGCACUACCAGCUCAAUGGGCAGCAUGGGAUUUCAUUCGUGCAGACCUUGAUGCAUCUUCUCAAGGGGAACAUUGGAACUGGCCUUUUAGGGCUCCCUUUGGCAAUAAAGAAUGCGGGCAUUGUGCUUGGACCAAUCAGCCUUGUGUUUAUAGGGAUUAUUUCCGUCCACUGUAUGCACAUAUUGGUACGUUGCAGUCACUUUCUAUGUCAGAGGUUUAAGAAGUCAACAUUGGGGUACAGUGACACCGUGAGUUUUGCCAUGGAGGCUAGCCCGUGGAGUUGCCUUCAGAGGCAGGCAGCAUGGGGGCGGACCGUGGUUGACUUCUUUCUGGUGAUAACACAGCUGGGAUUCUGCAGCGUCUAUAUUGUCUUCUUGGCUGAAAAUGUGAAACAGGUUCAUGAAGGACUCCUGGAGAGCACAGUGAUUGUUUCGAAUAGCUCUGAUCUGUCUCAUGCCUGUGAAAGAAGAAGUGUGGACCUCAGGGUCUACAUGCUCUGCUUUCUCCCACUUAUAAUUCUCUUAGUGUUCAUUCGAGAGCUGAAGAAUCUCUUCGUUCUUUCAUUCCUUGCCAACAUUUCCAUGGCUGCCAGUCUGGUGAUAAUUUACCAGUAUGUUGUUAGGAACAUGCCAGAUCCCCACAACCUUCCAAUAGUGGCCGGUUGGAAGAAAUACCCACUGUUUUUUGGCACUGCUGUGUUUGCUUUUGAAGGCAUAGGAGUGGUGCUGCCACUGGAAAACCAAAUGAGAGAGUCCAAACGCUUCCCUCAGGCAUUGAACAUUGGUAUGGCCAUCGUCACCGUGCUGUACAUCAGCCUGGCCACGUUAGGCUACAUGUGUUUCCGUGAUGACAUCAAAGGCAGUAUAACACUGAAUCUUCCCCAGGACAUGUGGUUGUAUCAGUUAGUGAAAAUUCUGUAUUCCUUUGGCAUUUUUGUGACCUAUUCAAUCCAGUUCUAUGUCCCGGCAGAGAUCAUUAUCCCCAGUGUCACUGCUAGACUUCAUGCCAGAUGGAAGCACAUCUGUGAAUUUGGAAUACGGUCCCUCUUGGUUAGUAUCACCUGUGCUGGGGCAGUUCUCAUUCCUCGUCUAGACAUUGUGAUCUCCUUCGUGGGGGCUGUGAGCAGCAGCACGCUAGCCCUGAUCCUGCCCCCACUUGUGGAAAUCCUUACAUUUUCUAAGGACCACUACAACAUAUGGAUGAUCCUGAAAAACAUUUCCAUAGCGUUCACUGGAGUCGUGGGCUUCUUGCUGGGCACAUAUGUCACUGUUGAGGAAAUUAUUUAUCCAACUACAGCGGUUGUCACUGGCACCUCCCAGAGUCCCUCUCUAAAUGUGAACUCUACAUGCGUAGCGAGUGGUUUGUAAUAGUGGGAGAAGAGCGAUGAGCUCUCUCUUGUCACCCCAGUUCCAACAGCAAUCAAGAAUGAGUACAGCGCAUCACCACACACUAAACACAGUGCCAAACGUAGUUUUUAUUGGCAGAAUAUUGUAAUUUGAUGGUGAUCUGAACAUCUUUUGCAGCUAUGAUAAACUAUGGUAGGUUAUUGCUUUUAUCUAAUGACAAUGAAAAUUUUAAAUUAACUUUGAAAAUUGAAAUAAUUUAAAAUUCAAAACAUAAACAAUAAGCAUAGCCUAUUAUUCUUUGUCUCUGUAAGAAACUCUUGGAUUAAGAGUUGUUUUUCUUACCACUAUUGAGAAGAUAAAGGAUUUCAACAUUGUAUAAAUUAAAUAGGAGCAUAAUUUUAAAAACCUCUUUGAAGCAUCCCACAAUAGCAAAGUACACCACCUGUGUACGUGUGCACAAAAAUGCAUUGAUUGUGUUUUUAUUCCAUGGGCAAUGCUGCUGGCAGGCCCUGGAGGUAUAGUAGAUUUCUACUGACCACCAUGUAAGCAUUAGAAAGUUCCCAGAGCCAGAAUCACUUUACUGUUCAGCUAUUACAGAGAGUAGAGCUUCAUAGUCACCAGGAAGCACUGAGCAAGGUUCUGACUUUCUGUUUCUGUCGUAGGUGAGAAGGUCGUUGAGGUUUCUGGAAUAUUGCUCCCUUAGCUAUGUCUUGGUUAGGGUUUCUCUUGCUGUGAUGCAGCACCACAACCAAAAGCAGUUAUGGAGGAGAGGACUUCAGUUUACAGUUCCACGUCACAGUCCAUCAUCAAGGGAAGUCAGGGCUCAGGAACUCAAGGCAGGAACUUCUAGGCAGGAGCUGCACAGAGGCCAUAGAGGAGUGC